AUGGCGUGGGUUGUGGCGAUCCCCUCCUUCGAUCGCUUGGGCUCCAUCAAAAGUAGGACCUUGCAGGUCCUUUUGUCCUCGGGCAUAUCUGCGACUCGGAUCUACGUCUUUGCCGAUCCCACGCAGUACACCCAGUACCUCAAGGACCUGCAAAGUUUAGGUAUUCACGUGAUCAAAGGGGAGCGGGGAGUGUGCAAUCAGCGGAAUGCGAUCAUGCGGCACUUCAAGCCCGGUGACCGCAUCGUGGAAAUGGACGACGACAUCAAGGGCUUGGUCACAACCACCGGGGCUGUCAGAAGCGACAAGUCGGCUAAGACGGUGAACGUGCCCAAUGAGAAUCUGGAGCUGAUCCUGGAUCAUCUGUGGGAGAUCGCGGACCGGGAGAAGUGUCAGCUCUGGGGCCUCUACCCCGUGUCGAACCCCUGGAUGCUCUCGCGGACCUAUGCGCUGGGUCUGGCCAAGAGCACGGCGCAGCUGCAGGGCUACUACAACCCGAAGGACUUUCACCUCACCGUCCCUGUCAUGGAGGACUACGAGAGGAUUCUCCAUUUCUACAGCCAGGGCAACUCAUGCAUGCGCUGCGACUUUCUGGCAGUGAAAACGGACAACCGGGGCAAGGGCGGCCUGGACUCUGCUCUCACAGAGUGCCAUGUGCAGAAGGAGAAGGACCGUAAGGUGAUGCACCACCCACGGGAGGUCCAAGAGGCCGCCGCGGUCAAGGAGCUGCAGCGGCGGUUCCCGGCCUCGGUGGCCAACGUGAGCGGGCCCAAGCCGGUGCAGAAGAAGGUGCCGGUCCACGGCAAGGUCUUGUACUACCCCUGCGGCUGGCGCCUCAUGUUCAAGGGCCGCAAGCGCUUCAUCUCGGCCCUGGACGUCUCCGGCCGCUUCGCGGAGCUGCUGGGCCUGGGCGCAGGUGUGGAAGCCACGGAGGCCGUGGCCAAUGGGGGCGUCAUCGACCUCCGAAGAGAAAAGGAUAAGGAGAAGAAGCGGGAGGAAGCCUCGGAGGAGAGCAGCAGUGACAGCCUGGUGGAUGAGCUGAUCCUCAGGAAUCUGGAUACCAGCGACCUCAAGGACCUGUGCCGAGAGGCGGGCCUCGCGGCCAGCGGCGCCCGAGCCCAGCUCAUCGCUCGCCUCCUGGGGUCUUCCGAGCCACGCGCCGAGACUUGGCGCCGCUUUGAGGAGGACAAGGAGCCCAAAGCUUCCCGACGCGCCGAGCACGAGGAGAGCCUGGAAGAGCUGCAGCGCCUGGAGGCGAUCUUCGCCCAGGCGGAGCUGGAGGAGACGCAGCGGCGGCAGGUGGAAGCGGAGGCGGCGCGGGCGGCGCAGGAGGAGGAGAGGCGGCUCAAAGAGCUUCAAGAGCGACAGGAGGAGGAGAGGCGUGCGGCGAGCGUCGCCAUGCGGGCCUUGAUCCAAGCGGAGCAGGCGCGGGAGCAACAGCAGCGACGGCUGGGGCACCAGGCCGCGCAGAUCCUCGAGUCCCUCCGCGCGCCGCCGCCGGCCGCGACGGCGGGCGCCAUGAAGGCGGUGAGCGCCCCGAGUGCGGCGUCGGAAGGCCUGGCGCAGCCCACCUUGCCGGUGGUAAGGGUCUGGCAGCCUCGCCAGAACGCGGCGCUGCGGCACUUGAUGCCGCUGCACAGGACGGACGCAGUUGCAUCCCUGGCCUGGCGAGCUUUCUGCACGUUUGGCGGCAGAAGCGCCUGCAGCUGCGCCGGCCGUGCCAGCCGCGCCGGCCGCGCCGGCUGCGCCGGCUGCGCCGGCCGCGCCGGCUGCGUCGGCUGCGUCGCCUGCGCCGGUUGCGCCUCGACUUUGGCGCAGGUGCCGGGCAACAUAGCGUGA